UCGUUUGUUGGUCUUUACAAUGGAGGUGGCUGUUUCGACCAUGCCAAAAUACGUUCAGCAAUUUGUCUUGCUUUUCCAUGCAAGCUUUUACAUGUCUGCAUCUGCUUUUACGAACUUACUGCUGGGAGCACUGAAGAUAAUGGGGAAUACUACCCUGGGCGACUGCAUAAAGCGUUUAUCAUAGACCCUCCCUCGCUGUUUCCUUAUUUUUGGAAAGUAAACAACAUAAUUAUGGGUGUGGGGACAUUCGUGGAACUAUCGGCAGUGACGAAGCUGGUUUCAUCGUUGGAUUUCCACGGUGAGGAUGCAUCAUCGGGGGAUUUAACUGGAGGAAGGAGCGUGAUGAAUGCAGGAUCAUGUUCUUCUUCGCGCUUUGCGUCUCAUCACGUUGACUCCCUCAAGCCUUGGUAUCUGAGCCUGUCGGAGACGUCAGUGGCGAGCAGAACGCCGGUGCAGCAGCGCACUCCUCGGCCGUCAUUUUUUAAAUCGCCGGCGGGAAUGGUGUUCCGGCGCGGAGAGAGGGUGUGUCGGGAAUCGUUCUUGCCGCUGUGGAAGUUAUACAGAAGGCCGUAUGAUGAAAUGGUUUACAGAUCAAAGAUGCGGGGCCCGGUGGGACGUAACUUUAGACGACGACACGUUUCAUUUUCUCAACGUUUCUGAAUCUUAUGACUCCCAUCUUGUGUACGUUUGCUUUUUCUUUCCUCAUAACAGCAUGAGAAAAAGUAGCAGUGGUAGUGGUAGUGCAUUUGAAUGGAAUGAAGUAAAUUAUGCAGCAAUAAUUGAGCGGUUUUUGCUUGAAUUUCAACUAUAUAUGUCAGUGUUCAUGUGAAAUAGAGAACAUAUUCAACGGCAGAGGAGCGUGGCGGCAAUGAAUGAAUGAAUAAUGUGAUGUGAUUAGAGCUUUUUGUUUGUAGCGCUUUUGCUCUUCGUACAGAUGAAGAAAAAAUGGAAAUCAAGAAGCAAGCCACCGCAGAGAAAUGAAAGAUUAUGAAGAUCGUGAGAUCUUCCAUGCAUGGUAACGAGGGAGUUACUCCCUCCACCACCACAUGUUACUCCCUAUACCUCAUUAUUCCCAUUUUACCUUGCACGGAUGUGAGAAACCGUUGAUUCUACUCCCUGCACCUUUAUUUGAUUCUCUAGUUUCAGCUUUUUAUUUAACACUUGAUUUCUGAUUCCUUCUCAGUAUAUCUCUCCAACGCUUCUUGUAAUUGUGAUUCUACUUAUAGAGUGCGGGAUUCAUUUGCACUUUGAAUUUGAGUGAAUUUUGAUUGUAAAUCAUUCAAUUCAGCUAGACUGUUCUUAUGAGCCACAAGUUCUUGAGUAGUGGCGUACUUCUCUGAUAGUGCACGGUUCAAUGAUUCCUCAAGUUCAUCAAUCUUGGUUCUUAGGUCGAUGUUUGUUCCAACCAAUAAUUCAUUUUUGGGAAAAAGACUGAGAAAUCUUGCUCUCGGCUUCUAGAACUUGUCGCUUCAAAACUUCAUUUUCACUUUACAAAGUAGAAAGUUUACUCAAAC